AUGUGGAAGAAGCUUCUCAAGCUUAGACCCCUGGCUAGGGAGCUGUCAAAAAUGGAAGUAAAUAGUGGUUCGACGGCGUCUUUCUGGUUUGAUAGGUGGUCUCAAUUGGGAGUCUUGAUUAAUCUAACAGGAGGUAGUGGUUGUCUAAGGCUUGGUAUCUCGAUGAGUGCAACAGUCGAGAAUGUAGUGAACACUUACCGAAGGCGUAGACUCAGGAAUCCCGUCUUGAUGCAAAUUCUGAGUGAGAUUCUCAACCUUCAAGAGCUAGGACUUCGUCAGUGUGAUGAUACUUAUCUCUGGAUGCGCGAAAAUGGGGAGUUUAGACCGGGUUUUAUGACGUCUCAAACUUGGAACCUAAUUAGAGUACAUGCUCCUCGUGUUUUUUGGUUCAAGGGGAUUUGGUUCAAAGAGGCUACUCCUAAAUUCUCCUUUCUCAGUUGGUUAGCAGUCCACAACAGGUUAUCGACUGGAGAUGGGUUGCUCAGGUGGAACCCUCAAGCAAUUUCUACUUGCUGGCUGUGUAGUGCUGCCUUGGAAACCCGUGAUCACCUAUUGUUUUAG